AUGAUGAUUGAACAAAAGAUAAUUGAUAAUUUGCUACUUCUUCCUUUUUUUAGUCUGAGAGAUCAAGCCCAGGUUGAGCAAUUGUUACGAUACAUUAUUGAAGAACCACCAGAAGAUGCUGAAAAUAAACGAGCCUUCAAGUAUGCAGCUGUUGUUGUUUGCCUAAUGAUUCGAAAGACAGUUCCACUGAUGAAUUAUGUUCAAGCCCAUCAGAAUGUCUUCCGUCAAUUGGUUGAUUUGAUAGGAAUUACAUCCAUUAUGGAGGUUUUGGUUCGACUAGUAGGUGCUGAUGACCAUGUCUAUCACAAUUUUAUAGAUGUGAUGCAAUGGUUGGCUGAGAGCAACCUGCUUGAGAUGAUUAUUGAUAAGUUGAAUCCAUCUAGUCCUCCUGAAGUUCAUGCCAACGCCGCUGAAACAUUGUGCACAAUAACUAGAAAUCCCUCAUCUACUCUAGCAAUUAAACUUUCAAGCCCAAGUUAUGUUGCAAAAGUAUUGGACCAUGCAUUGGAAGAUUCACAGUCAAAGUCUAGCCUUGUGAACUCACUUUCAGUGUGUGUUUCUUUGUUGGAUCCCAAAAGAUCUGCUAUGUCAUCUCCCCUUUUUCAUUCCUUUCGAAGUCAACACAUGUAUGAACCACCAAUUCCUGUAAACCCAGACACUAUUGGUGCAAUGCUACCUAAACUCAGUAAAUUGCUUAUGCUUUUGAAUGUAUCAUCUGAUGAAAAGGUGUUGCCUACAACAUAUGGAGAAUUGAGACCUCCACUUGGGAAGCAUCGAUUAAAGAUUGUUGAGUUCAUUGCUGUCCUUCUGAAAACUGGAAAUGAAGUGGCAGAAAAUGACUUGCCGACAGUAGUUGCUGCAGGAAAACAGGCACCACGGGCAGGGAACAUUGGGCAUAUUACUCGAAUUGUUAACAAACUUGUUCAACUGGCACACAGUCGAAGCCUCGUACUAACUUGUCUUCAGGAAAAUAGUGAGUGGAAUGAGUGGCAAGCUUCAGUUCUUCAGGAGCGUAAUGUGGUUGAGAAUGUUCACCGUUGGGCUUGUGGACGGCCGACUGCUUUACAAGAUAGGAUGAGGGACAGUGAUGAUGAUGACCUUCAUGACAGGGACUAUGAUGUCGCAGCUUUAGCCAAUAAUUUGAGCCAGGCUUUUAGAUAUAAACUUUAUGGAAAUGAGGAUAAUGAAGAGGAACGUGCCAACCUUGAUCGAGAUGAUGAGGAUGUCUACUUUGAUGAUGACUCUGCUCAAGUAGUCAUAUCAUCCCUCAGACUCAGUGAUGAUCAGGGGAGUAGUCUGUUUACAAACUCCAACUGGUUUGCAUUCCAAGAUGACAGAAUUGGUGAUGCAUCUGGGGGCACAACUUCGUCGGAGAUGAUGGAUGAGAUAAACUUGAAUGGUGCUGCAAAUGGUGGUAGCAGUAGUGAUGACGAGGUAGUGGUUGGAGAGGAUGACGAGUUGGCUGAAAAUAAUCUCAAUGGUACAUCUAGCUCAAGCACAAACAUAAAUGGAAUAAUGACUGGUAGUGAUUCCAUGAAUGGAGACACCUUGAACUUUGAAAACAAAAAGGCAAGUGCUUCACAUGAUUUGGGAUUCUUCAGGUUUGAGGCAUCGGACAAUGAAGAGUUGUUUGGGGACAGGCCUUUGCCUGAUUGGGUGGGAUGGGGUGAACCUUCAGAUGUUCAAGAUACCGGCUCAAGCAUGAAUCCAUUUGUGGACCAUGAUGAUUCUUCUGGUAACAACCUCUCUACCAAACCUCAAAUAGGUAACCCAAAUCCUAGUCCUCCUUCAAAUGGAGACUCUGUUCUUUCAAACAGAUCACUAUCCCCUAAAGAUUCAAUUGAUGGGUGUGUUGACACAAGUCAAAGAUCAGUAGCAGUACCAUCACUCUUUGAAGAAGAUGUUGAAUUUGUAGGUGUAGAAUUAGAAGGUACCGAGAAGGCUAUGGAACACGCUUUGAAAGAAGGGAUAGUUGGGGAGGCAGGACCAUUGAAAAGAAACAUGGUCUCUAAAGUGCCACCAGAAAAAGAAAGUUCCGAUGAGGGUGGCCCUGGAAUAAAGGAAUUUAAUAAUGCAAAUUAUUGGAGGGUUGACCAGGAAGUUGCUGUUCUUGAGUGA